GGAUCACAGCCUCGCACUACAUGGAUUGGUUCACCACAGCUUCUAUGAUCCGGUGUUGGAAAAUAAGCCCAGAAUUCAAAUAUUAUUUUUGUAUCAAACGACCUUAUUUUACAAUCGUGCAAUGUCUGGCCCUCCUGUGGUAAGGAUCGUUAGAUCCGGGGCCAAACCUACCUCCCUGUGGCCGUCACGACCGGCAUGGAGCGAAACCCUCUCACGAUUAACCAAUUCUAGGAACCUCCGACGACCUAAGCUUAGAUUAUCACCAAGUCGCGUGUUAGCUCUAAGGCUACGCAGUAAGACAGACACACUGAAGAGAGCAUAUCGCCGUCCUUUUGAAUUUGCUAUUAAGCAGCGUGCUGAUAGACUCCCUCUACUAUUAUUCCAGGCCUGGUUGGCAAGACAAGAUAUUCGAAACGAGCCUCGCCUAUUCCAGUCUCUUACGUCUGUUAGUCCGUCCGAAUGGGCUGAUCGCUUUCAUGACUUGGCACUUCGAGGUUGGUCAAGGCAAGAUCUGGAUCAUUGGAUAUGGGUUAUAUCAGGGGAAGACGGAGACAUCCGAGUUCAACGGCUGAUAUCAACCGACACUCCCAAACCCAUGUUUCUUGUCAUGGUUCUAGCGCGUAGCGACGAGAGGUUUCGUAAGCCGGAGUCUCUUUUGUUUUUGAUGGAAUACACGUCAAAGCAUUAUUUUAAUUCGACGGCACAGCCUUCAGAUGACAAGGAUACCGUCUUUCCUGGUCGCAAAAUGGCCAUGACAAUAAAUCAAUUCUUACUAUUUCUACCGCGUUUGGUACGACAUAUCAUGCGAUUGUGUCCUAGGGCAAUCGUCGCGGUAGCGCGUUUUACGGUACAUUACAUCCAACAAAUACCCUCGGAAAACAAUCCUAAAGGCUACCAUGAAAAAUGCGAAGUCUUUAAUGCUGCUUUGCAGUUAUUCAAACAACCGGCAGCUACUCAGCCUUUCGGUAAUAUGGAGUUCAACUGGCGGGCACAGAGAUUGUUGCUAGCUAUGUCGGAUAAUUUAGAUAGGGCCCUAAUUAUAAACAAGGCUAGUUACCGAGCAGUUCGAGAAGUCAUGGUUGGGCUGAAGAAAUCACAAUCGGAAAGAGCCGUCGCCGUGAGGUAUUCAAAGUCUUGGCCUCCAUACCGACAAGAUUUCGAUGGUCUCGAUGCAAAAAGGACCCCGGAAGAUGACCACUCGCGGAGUGUAAAGGCUGGCGUGCAUAUGAAGGAGGCCGGAUAUCCAUAUGACCAUUAUGACCACGCCUUAGAUGCCCUUGGCGGCAUAGGCGGCAAUUCUCCUACUAUACAGACCCGUGGUUUACCACCGAAAGAAUGGAAGGACGACAAGGCAGAUCAGAACCUCUAUUCUCUUUGGGCGGCGAGGAUACGGGCAACUCGCAAUCAUCAAGAGGCGUGGAAAGUAUUCAAUCAGUUUCUAUCAAAGACCGGCAAAUCCCCAAAUAUCCAGAUUUAUACUGAAAUGUUUGUUAAAUUACAAUCUCGUCUCAUUUCUCCAGAGUCGACGGCAUUACCUGGUGACUCCAGGGAGAACUUCCCCGUCCACGAUGGAAAUUAUAGCGAAUACGAAUUAGCUCGGUUAUCCCCCCUAACGGUUAGCGAGCUAUAUGAUCAGAUGAUUAAUAGCGGAAUAAAACCAGAGGGCUACUGCCUGCGAACACUAUUAACUAAUGCAAACUCUCUGGAGGAAGCAUCUCGCUACCUCCGUGAUAGUGGCAUCAGCCCUACUACUGUCAGCUCUAUAGGCCUCUUUAAGCAGCCAUCUUACCAGGCUCUUAGAGAGAUUCCUCUCAGAGUCUUCGAGAGUUAUAUUCAACUUCUUUGCAAAUUGCACCCCAGUCGUCGGGGCCGAGAUAAGAUACCAUCAGUAGAGCUUCUUCGCAUUCAACAUGCUAUAAAACUUGUCAAACUUCGACUGAGGCCUGGGACUACAGAAGGUUCGACUUUCCGGCCACCGUGGUCUUUCAUCUUGUGGACAUUGGCACGACAACACCUGUGUGUCUUAAACGGUUCGUGGGUCAACAACAAUGUCGAGGUUCUAUCCAAAGCUACAGAUAUCAUCCAGCAUGUACAAAAGACGGUUGGAGUCGACCAGAACAUGUUGCUAUAUUAUUGUCGCAUAAUCGAAAAGGCAGCCAUCUCGCGACUUGUCUCCGCCGAGCUAACCUCUGGGGGAAGUGGAAUAAGAGACACUUCUCCAUUGGUACCUUCGGUUAAUACAGUCUUGGACAUACUCAAGUCUAUGUUCUCCCAUAUCACAGAGCCCACCGGGACAGCUUGGACGAAGUCAGAUAAACUUGAAGUCCCUCAGUUCAUGCACAGCUUUGAUCCCGUCCACUUGCACAACUACAUGCGUACCCUAGGUUUCCUCGAGGACGUACAGGGGAUGAAAGAGCUUCUUGAGUGGAUGUUGACACACAGGGCUUAUCUCAAUGAAGAGGUUGAGCAAAUUGGAGAGCGUGGCCGCACGUUGAUAGUGAGAACCCUAUGUGCCUUCCAAGCAUUUGCGGGCCCAAGUCUCGAGCAUGGGGAACAAAAUGACAUAAUAUUGAGGACAGAAACCAAAACAGAAGAGGCGAGCUUUUGGAGGUGGCCGACACCCGAAGAGGUCGAUAGCUACGUACAGUCCGAUACGCGAGGGGGUUCUCAGCGACUGCAACAGAAAAUACUAGCCAAGGUGUGGUCUCAACAACAUACUGCAGAAAGAGAACAAGCAAUAAUGGCAUCAGCAUGAAUAAAUGUACACGCUACAUGCCAAGGUACCUGGGUACUUACUUGCUUGUGUAACCCGAAGAUGAGCAAUUACCUAAUCCUAGGCGUGGAAGGUGCAGGUGGCUGAACCGCAA